ACUUCUACGCUAGCACUUGCAGUGAACACAGCUAUUUCAAAGUUCAUCUUCUUAUUAAUAUUUUUUAAUACAUUUGUAUAAAGAAAGAAAGAGCAAAAUGGCCCCAAUUCAGAACCACUUCUCUUCUCACGUUGAAGAUAACACAAGCAGUGCGAGCAGCAAGACCUUCACGGCCAGCAGCUCCUUCCACGCGGUCAAAACGUCUUCAUCCCAGAACAGUGCAAUUUCCAGUGAAAGCAAAACAGCCACGAACAGUGAUCAGUCACAGAAACACAUCUCACACCUUGAAAACCAGGAUGACCGAGAGGUAAUGCUGCCCAUCAUCUCACGGGGUCAUUUUCACCACGACUCCUUCUUCGAGAAUCUCCGCCAGCAGUUCGAUACAGCCGUGAGAGACAUGCUGGAUCAGUGGAAUUCACGGUCAUCCUUCGAGGACGACCUUCUUUCCUACAGACGAAUGCGAGAUCUCAACCUCACAGAAGACAAUCAGGCCCUUUCCGUCAGCCAAGACAACACGUCGCAUCAGGUCGUGAUUGACGUGCGCGACUUCAUGGACGGCGACAUCAAGGUGAAGGUGGUGGACGACAGCGAACUAGUGAUAGAAGGCAACGUCGAGAAGCGACAGGAUGGCGCCGUCUCGAAGAACACUUUCUGUCGACGAUUCUCAUUCCCGGGUCUCUUGAGCGAAGACACUGUGUCCUCGUCCAUGUCGGCAGAUGGAGUUCUUACCGUCACUGUUCCAAAGAAGAGUUCCUUGACAAACAAGGAUGGCCAAACUAUCAAAAUCACUACCUCGCAUAAAAAGUCUGCAGAUGCUACAAAUACACUCAAGGAUAUCACAAACAACGUCGAAGCGAAAGAAGUUAGUGUCGAAGGAAAAACAUCAAAAUCGUCUCGAGUGAACGUGCAACAAGAUCAGGCUCAGUCGACGGAGUCUCAGAACACGCAGACUUCGAGCGACUCGACGGAGACCAGGCCACUUGCUCCCUUCCACCUUCCCAUUUCCGAAAGAGGGCCUUUCUUCUGCGAUUCCUUCUUCCAGGACACUCGACACCAAUUCCAAGAAGCCGUCGACCAAGUUCUCAAAGAGUGGGGACAACUGGACUCUGCGAGCGACCACAUGAACAUGUACAGGAACUUGCGAAAGCAUAACUUGCAGGAAGAGAACCAAGCCGUCGCCUUCAACGAGGACCACCAGUGUUAUAAGAUUGUGGUGGAUGUGCAAGACUUCAAGGAAGGCGACGUCAAGGUCAAGGUGGUGGACGAGAAUGAGCUAAUAAUCGAAGGCAAUUUGGAGAUCAAGCGAGACGAUUCCGUGUCCAGCAAGAGUUUCUUCCGCCGUUUCUGCUUCCCAGGACUCGUGAGUGCCGACACCAUGACGUCCGGGAUGUCAUCUGACGGCAUCCUCACUGUUACUGUACCAAAGACAACACCGGGAUCCAAGGCCAGUGCGUUUUCUGAAGCGUCAAAAUCUCAGUGCCUUCCCAUCUCUUCGAAGGGUCAGUUCUUCUUUGAUUCCUUCUUCAAAGACGUUCGUAAGGACUUCGAAACGGCUGUCAAUGAAGUCCUCAACAGGCAUGAUAUUAUGGGGCGUGCAAACGACGAACUCUCCUGCUACCGAAGUCUACGGGAACGUGAGCUCAAUGAUGAGACUCAGGCGAUGAAGACAACAGAAGAUCAAAACGGAUUUAAAGUAGUGUUAGACGUCCACGACUUCAUGAACGAAGACGUCAAAGUGAAGGUGGUGGAAAACAAGGAGGUGGUAGUGGAAGGUCGUGCGGAGAAGAACGACGGAACCUUGAGGUCAAGCAAGAGCUUCUGUCGACGUUUCACUUUUCCUGGCGCAGUAGACAUGAAUGCUGUCACUUCAGCAAUGUCUUCCGACGGUGUCCUCACCAUCACUGCACCCAAAAUUUAAGACAGAAUACUAGAUAUUUUAA